UCACGUGUUCUUCCGGGGCAGGGUCGCCACCUUCGGGAGGGGUCGUUCCGGCCGGCUGCGGGAGACCGAGAGCGGGAACGCGCUGAGGUGACGCCUCUCCCCCAGGCCGAAACAUAUUUUAUAGUUCCUAACAUCUCCCACAAUAAUAAAGAACUCUGGAUCAAGAAGGAUCUGCAUCAGCCAUUGAGGCAAAACUGAGGAUGGAAGGAGUUGAACUUAAGGAAGAGUGGCAAGAUGAAGAUUUUCCAAGACCUUUGCCAGAAGAUGACCAUAUUGAAGCUAUGUCUGAUCCAGCUGAAAGAGGGGACCAAUCUGAAAUUAAUGGCAACAAAGUUAAGAAGAAACUAAUAGCUCCAAAUAUAAACUUGACUUUGGAUCAGAAUGAAGAAUCCAUUUUGUCUGGGUUAGAGGAGAGUGGAGAUAUCGACCUGGAUGAUAUUGACACACCAUCUGAGAACAGUAAUAAUGAGUUUGAGUGGGAAGAUGAUCUUCCAAAGCAGAAAAGUACUGAUGCUGCUAGGAAGGGGUCACUUCUGGAAUAUACAGCAUCAGAAGAGAAGGAGGAGGAGCGGCGAUGGCGGAUGUACCAGAUUGGAGACCAGGGUCACCGAGUAGACAUGAAGGCAAUUGAGCCCUACAAGAAAGUAAUUAGUCACGGAGGAUACUACGGGGAUGGAUUAAAUGCAAUUAUUGUGUUUGCGGUUUGCUUCAUGCCAGAAAGUGGUCAGCCAAACUACAGAUACUUAAUGGAUAAUCUGUUUAAAUAUGUUAUUGGCUCCCUAGAAUUAUUAAUAGCUGAGAGCUACAUGAUCGUUUAUCUAAAUGGGGCAACAACACGGAGGAAGAUGCCCAGCUUAGGUUGGCUCAGGAAGUGUUACCAACAAAUUGAUAGGAGGUUAAGGAAAAACCUGAAAUCGUUAAUAAUAGUUCAUCCUUCCUGGUUCAUUAGAACACUUCUGGCAAUCACAAAGCCAUUUAUUAGCUCAAAAUUCAGCCAGAAAAUCAGAUACGUCUUUACCUUGGCAGAGUUGGCUGAGCUUAUUCCCAUGGACAGCGUCACCAUCCCCGAGUGCAUAAAACAGUAUGAAGAAGAAAAAUUUAAAAAGAAACUCAAAAGAAUUGACCAAGAACUUAAUGGGAAGCAAGAGCGGAAGUCUGAACAGUAAAAAAAAAAGAAAGAAAGAAAAUAUUUCGGAUUCAAGCCAAGAGUGAAGAGCACGCUGGGAAAUUUGAUGUCCUGAAGAACACGCUGGCCUUCUGCUUCCGGACUUGGCCCGUUGGGUGAUGCACUGCUGAGUGGGUUUGCAAGUCCCGGGUGAUGCUGACACUUAAUAGCUGCCUUUAUUAUAACUUUUAUACUGCAGUGUCACAAGGCGUCAUAGGAGAGGCACCCAUUUUUAUAUUGCGAUGCUUAUUCAGUAAGUAUUUAUAUGCUUAAAUGUUAAGGAAAGAGAUAAUAUAUAUUUUUAUGACUUCUCAACCAAUAUUUUAUAACGUCCAUCUGCAAAAACCUCUGAGAUACACUAGCCCACAGAUGACUGUUGUCAUUUAUUUAGGAAUAAAAUGCAUGAGAAUCUCUUAUAUAUGGUGAAAUGCUUCUUGGCUAAGGAAAAGAGAAAUGUAGCUUUGGUUGUUCGCUAUGUUAGCAAGAUCCUUCGCUGUUUCCAGUAUUGGAGGUGCCUAAUUGAGCUGGGUGUUCUCGGCACAAAACGGAUUCAGUCCAAGCCCUUCUGUGUUGAAACUCAGAUGCUUCAACUGCCUCGCUUCUGGACAGAAAGAUCCAGUAAUUGAGGACCCUAGCGGCUCUACUGUUUUAGCGUUGGGCUGGUGAAAGCUCUCUAGCUUUGGAUGCUCAGUGAGUGGCUUAUUUGGGAUAUGAAUGGUGGUGGCCUGCCUGCCACCACCCAGGCUUCUCCUUUCUACCGUGGAGGGUGUCUUAGUGCAGCUUCUGAUCUGCCUUGCUGUUUUGCUGCCCACCCAUAAUGUGGAGCGGAGAUCCAGAACAUGGUAUCAGGAUGUGGCGCUCAAGAGUAGAGAAAGUGUACCCAGGGUUAGGGACAGCUUAGCACACGGAGGCCGUUCUCGAGGGCAGACCACCCUGUCUCUCUCGCAAAGCACGCUUCCACCCUGAGGCAGAAGAACAACGUAAUGUGGCUAUUUUGUACUUUAAAAAGGAAGGCUCUCGAAACAGCGCUUUCCACUAGCACUAGAUUCACUUUAUAAGUUUUUUUUUAAGUCUUUUUUGUGCAUGUUUCGCCUGUUUGAAGAAAUGGCUGCUUUAAGAGUGGCCUUACUCAGUAAGUACGGAGGUGUCAUCUGCACUAAUUCCUAGUGGGGUUAAUCAUCAAAGCAAUUGUGGAUUGUGGCAGAGAUGUUCAGUACUUUGAAAGCUUGGGCAGAACUUUAGAAAUAUUUUUUCUAAAAUAUAGAAAUUCUAAAAUUCUAUUCGAAACAAUAGAAAUUUUUAAAACUUGUCUGUGUUGUUAGCAACACAGGGUUUUCUUGUCCCCAGUGUUUAUGUGGGAAAAAUACUGCCCAUGUCUCAGCUUAUAACCCAGUCAAUAAAUACUGUUUUCACAUAAAGAAUGACUUUAAUUGGGUAUUUGUCAGAAUCGCAGCUCUGAUACAGUCCCAGGUGUGAGAGUGACAGGAGGUUGAAAUGGUUGUAGAUUCAGAGCAGACCCUAAAUAGUUUUGGCUUAACAGAGGAAUUGUUUUUCCAGAGUAUUUACUGUGGUUUUUUGGUUGGAAAUGUAUGUUUUUCCAUAUGAUACAGACUAUCUGCAGAAAAGUUGCUGGGCAUCUUCCUGCCCUCGUGACUAUGUUUUAGCUGUUUGUGAAGUUAUUCAGGUGCCCGCUUGAGAGACAAGAAAGUUGGGGCUAAGUGCAGGACACGCCACCUCCUUUCCCACCCUUUCUCCAACCUGGUUCCUUCCAGAUGUUCUGGGAUGGUAAUUCCCAGAAUGGUCUGUGGCCACGUUGGCUGGAAAUUUCAGCUGGGCACCGGGGUGGGAAGGCUUUGUGAGAGCUGUAUGUUUAUUAGGCCAAUUCAAGAUCACGAAAUAACAUGCCAGAUUUUGAUAUCUCAUCAGCUAACAGAGUAGACAAUCUGAAUGAAGUUGGAGUAAUAGAAUUUGCAUUUAGUCUGUCUUGAAGCAGAAAAAUGCAGACAUUCAAAUUACGCUCUAUGAGGUGGUGUGAUAAAACCACCCCAAAACCACCAUAAGGUGCUUUUAUUUUUGAAAACGUAAAAUCUGUUCGCCACUGUAAGCUCCUCAGAACAGCUUGGAAUGUUUCCACGGACAGCUGGGUGUAGAGCCCAACUUCCAGCUUGUUAGGGCGGCACUUACCAGUCUUCUCCAAACUACAGUUCCAAGCACAGGAGUAAUUCUGGGAGUUGUAGGGUCAGCACUUCUUGGUGGGGAGGGGGGAACCGCAGGUUGGAGAAAGCUGGUGAAUGUGCAGGGAUGGUCAGGAAGCUGGUGUCACUGCAAACACCAGAAAUGGGCUGUCUAUUUCAGAGUGCUAAAAAGGAGAAAUUCCUCUUUGCGUGCCUCACGAGAUACCAGUUUCAAGCAUCCUCUCAAAGCAGAGUGUAAUUUGAGAACAGGGUUUUUGCUAAUUUGCAAAUGAGGCAUUUUUAUCAAUGGAUUACGUUUCCUGUGAUUGCAGGUGGAAAUGUGUUCAGUUAAUAGACUAGCUGGUCAUGUGUGUUUAUCCAGAUGAUUCUCAGUGGAGCAGUUGUUUGGAACUUUAGCCAUUGGGUAAAUCUCUAAUAAAUGUCUUUUUGAGGAAAGGAA